AUGCUGCCUGGGGGCACGCCGCACCGCCCAGGGGUGCCCCAGGGGGCGCACACACACCGGCUGGCCAGGGUGGUACUUGCAGAAGGCUUUGCUCAGAUGAGUGAAACUGUUGCAACGAAGUAUAUUGGGAGAAGGUGGCACCUGCAGGACACCCUGUCGGGAGGAGCAAACGAGGAAGGGAGCUGUGGCUGGAAAGCUCAUCCCCUGGAAAUGCUGCUGGACCCGGAUCUUGGCGGGAAAGGCCCAGCACCUUCACAGGGUGGCCUCUGUAGCAUCGCACUUUUCCCGAGCGUCCCCCCCGCCCCGGCUCCACCUCCAGGAACCUCCCUCCCGGGAGUUGGCAAGUGGGGACCCGCGGGGCGAGCGCGCAGCGGGCGGCCGGGGGCGGCGCCCGCGGCGGGGCCAGAAAAGCGCGGCGGGGCGCGCAGGGCGGGCGCGUCCAUGGAGGCGGCGGCGGCGGCGCUGGCGGAGCUGCGGGCGCUGGUGGAGCGCGCCGGGGGGCGGCCGCGGCUGCUGCUGGUGGCCGAGCGGCGGCCCGGGGAGGCGCCGGCGCGGGCGCUGCUGGAGAGCUUCGCGCGGGACCUGCUGGGGGAGCCGCCGGCGGCGGAGAAGGAGGCGGAGGCGGCCCGGGAGGAGGAGGCGGCGGCGGGCAGCGGCGGGGCCGGAGGCGGGCGCGGGUGGCCGCGGUGCGCGCUGGCGCUGCUGCUGUGCCGGGCGGCGGCGGGGCGGCGGGCGCGGCGCUGCCUGCGGGAGGUGGUGCGCGACGUGCGCGGCCAGCUGCCCGCCGCGGCCGGCCUGGUGGGCGUGCUGGUGGCCGAGGGCGAGGGCGAGGCCGGGCCGGCCGAGCGGGAGGCCGAGCGCGCCCGGCUGGAGGCGCUGCUCCGCCGCGUCUGCCCGGCGCUCGGCGAGGCGCUCCAGGCGGCGCACUACAGCCCCGGCAGCCCGCAGGGCGCCGCCCCGGUCCGCGCCGCCGCCUGCCGCGCCCUCCGCGCCGCCCUCCAGCUGCGAGCAGAUGGGGUAGAAACUGAGAAGCAGAGGCUCCCCGGCUUCUUGCGGUGCUUCUCCUGGGGCAGAAGGAGCCAGAAAACGACCGACACUUUGGAUAAACCUGCAGACACCUUUGGGGAUGAUGGACCACAAGAAGCAGAAGAGGGUGUAGCUUUGACGAACAUGGCACCCAAUGGGAACUGUGAAGAAAUCGGUGGAGUGGCAUGCACUUAGAUUGAAAGCGUUAAACCGAGGAACCUAGCGACAGCAAAGCUAAAAAGCAGGGGAUCAGAAGUUGGCACCUCUUUGGAGCAGGGUCCACCUAUCAGCUCUUUGGUUUUUGCCUUCCUUUAAUCUGAUCAGCCUUUUGUAGCGAGAAUGCAGCCACAUUGACUGGUCUGGAAGGACCUCCUCUGGUAGUCUGGUUCCACGCAAGGCACAGAGGCAGCCGUGUCUAAUCUCAGUCAAGCAAGGACAGAUGACUUUUCAGCACUGAGGAAGUGCGUGAAUUGCCCAAGGUACAUCCUGAAACUGCAGAUGAAUUUAAUGCACGUGGCAGGAAUUGUGCCUCAGUGGGUGAACUGAGGUGCUACUCUUACGUUGCUCUUAUUGAGUCUGUGAUUUCUUUUUUCAAUUUUCUAAUGAUCUGCUUGCCUUAUUCUGAAAUCACCAUCAAAUGUGAAAAGUGUGUGUGUGGGAGGGAAAUCUCUGGGUUUAGAAGCAGUCUAUGUGGGUGCAAAGAAAGAAACAAUGGUGUUUUUAAUGAUGUUUUCAGUGCAGCCUCCUUAUGGACUAGAUGCUUGCUUCUUAUUUUUAUUAUAAAGAAAACUAGAAUCUCAGCCCUGUGUACCGUGUAGAACCAUAACAAAGCAGGUGGUGUGUUUUGCUGCUUCUUUACAGUGUGAGCCUUCUAGAAAUGCUGUUAAAGACUGAAAUCCAUUUCUCAUAACAGUGGAGUUCAGAGAAUAUAUGAUGAACCUACCUCGUCCUCAUUGAAGACCCUGUUCAGAAGUCCGGUUUUGUAGACCUCUUCUCCUCUGUGACCAGUUAGUAGCCUACAGAGACUGUUACAGAAGAGUAAGGAAGAAUGGGCCUCCAAAUCUUGCUAGAGGAGACAGAAACUAGAGUAGCUUAGAGAAACCUUCAGUAUUCUUAAGGGUUACAGGACCCCCCCCCCAAAAAAAACUGCCUGGUUGCAGCUCUUCUGCCAUGAAACCUGUGCGAAAUGCUCAAACCUUGUCUUCUGGAAAGCACUGCCCUCCUCUGCACAAAAUAAUUCCUUUACAAAAGAAAACCAGCGGUGUUUUUUUGUUUGUCUACGUGUCCAGUAGUGUGAAUUUCCUUCUACCCUGGGGUCUUACAGCUAAAGGUUUCUCCUUUCUUUCCUCUAAUAUAUGGAUCCUGUACUAGUAAGGGCACAGAAAAUGAACAUAUCAAACUUUUAAUGUUGGAACUUCUGCUUACUGAAUUGGAAUUUCAGGCCCAUGAACAAACUAAACUUCAGUUUACAGAUUCCAUAAUCUUGUUUUUAUCAUAAAUGUUAUAGCAGCUAUACUUUACCAGCAGUACAGUAUUAAUUCUUUAAUUUUGCAGAUCUUGCAGAUUUAAUUUCCAGCUCAAGUUACAGGAUUUUGUAUACUUGGCCGUAGCAGUUUGCCUUAUCUAGGGUCAUCAUGACCUAGCGAGAAAGGAAGUUCAGAGAAAAACUAUAAUCUUAAUUUGUAUUAGCUGAACAGUAAAACAGUAACAAUGGGAAGAGAUUCAGAUGGGUGUUUGUAGUCAUAAAGCAAGAUUGAGGUCCAAUGGCACAUUAAAAACCAACUGGAUUCCAUUUCUCCAGCAAAGAAAAGAUUAUUUCAGGGAGAGAAAUGAACUGAAGCUGUAGUAGAAAUACAUUUAGGCUGGCGUGCACAACUUUCGCCUACUGCUAUGUGUGGUGGUGAUGGAAAAUGCUGUCAAGUCAUAGCUGGCUUAUGGCAACCCCUGCUGGGGUUUUCAAGGCAAGAGAGAGAGACUAACAGAGCGGUUGCCAUUGCCUGGCUAUGCAACCCUGGUCUUCAUUGGAGGUCUCCCAUCCAAUUACUAACCAAGGCCAACCCUCCUUAGCUUCGUAGAGCUGAUGAGACUGGGUUUGCAUGGGCUAUUUAAAUCAGGGCACUGCUAAAUAUAGGUUUUGUUUAAUUAUUGAAAAUAUCUGCUACAAUAAUUCCUUUGUUUCAAUCUGCAUUUUGGAAUGCAAUAUACAGUCCUGGUCGCUUGAUCUCAGCAGGGACCUUAUAGACCCAGAAAAGUGCAGAAAAGGGGAGCAAAAAAAGAUGAAGGGCUUGGACCAUCUUUCCAAUGAGGAAAGGCUGCCGAGUUUGGGACUUUUUGAUUUAGAGAAGAGACAAAUAAGGCAGUGGCGGUAGAGGUUUAUAAAAUUGUGCAUGGGGUGGAGAAGGUAGACCGAACUUUCUGCUUCUCCUAAAACAUUUGAAUGUAGGGUCAACCAAAAGGGAGACUGCAAGGAAGAAAUCAGAAGAUUGAGACUUGGAAGAGCAGCUUUGAGGGAGCUAGAGAAGAUCCUUAAAGAUAAAGAUGUCUCUCUGGGAACCAAGAACAAGAUAAUCCAAACUAUGGUAUUCCCCAUUGCCAUGCAUGGAUGUGAAAGCUGAACAGUGAAGAAAGCUGACAGGAAGAAAAUUGGUUCAUUUGAAAUGUGGUGCUGGAGGAGAGUUUUGCGGAUACCAUGGAUGGCCAAAAAGACAAAUAAGUGGGUACCAGAUCAAAACAAGCCAAGCCUGAAUUAUCCCUACAUGCUAAAAUGACCAAACUGAGGCUACUGUACUUUGGUCCCAUCAUGAGAAGACAAGAUUCUCUGGAAAAGUCAAUAAUGCUAGGAAAAGUGGAAGGCAUGUCGGAAAAGAGGAAGAGCUAAAACGACACGGUUUGACUCAAUGAAAGAAGCCACGUCCUCCAGUUUGCAGGAUCUGAACAAGUCUGUUAACGAUAGGAUGUUUUGGAGGUCUUUCCUUCACAGGGUCGCCAUAGGUCGGAGGCAACUUGACGGCACAUAACACACAACAUGGAUUCAUAGAGUGAAGCUGUUGGGCAAAGCAAUCAAUAGAGGUAAAAGAAAGUCCUGCACAGCAUGUAUAUAAUUAGCCUGGAGAAUGCGCUGCUCCAGGGUGGAGUGACAGCCAUUGCCUGAGGUGACUUUGAAAGGCAACUAGAUACAUUCAGGAAAGCUCUCAAUGGCUAUUAGCCAUAGUGGCUAAAUAGAACCUUCCAUUCGGAGGCCGUGUACCUUUGAGCACUGGUUGCUAAAGUAGCGGCCAGCAGCAGGGGGAAGGCUCUCUGGGUAGUAGAUGAGAUACUGGACUAGAGGAACUCUUGGCUGGGUCUGGCAGGGCUGCUUGUGUACUCUAGAAUAUGUCCCACCUGCCAUUUCUGGUGCCACAAUCCUCUUUCAAGGGGUGUCGUCCACCUGAAGCCAUCUGCUGCAGCAGAAUGAGAGGAGUGAUGGGACGCCCCUUGACUGAGAGGAUCCCCCCAUCUCUGCCUCUCCCUGCGUGCAAAACAAUUGAAUUCCUAUAUGCUUCUGUCAUCUUGCCUUAGGUGACUCAGAGGGGCAUUUGUGAAGGCACAAAGGCAGAAGGAACCUAGGCCAGCAAGGUGAGUGCACAGGCAAACCCCUGCAGUGACUGCGCACCUUUCUUUGCCACUUCUCCCUGAUGUGGCACAGGUCAACUGGGCCAGACCGAGCAUGGCCAGGUUUUUUUCCCCACAAAGGGCUCCAGUAACAGCUGCGUGAGACCUUUGAUACCUACACGAUGGGCAGAAAAUUGACGGGCAUUACAGUGGCUAGGAAAACUCCACCUGAUGGUUGUUGUGGGUUUUCCGGGCUGUAUUGCCGUGGUCUUGGCAUUGUAGUUCCUGAUGUUUCGCCAGCAGCUGUGGACGUCAGGAA